AUGAUACGACCACGUAAAGUGCAAUGGGCUGAUGAUGAUGACGUUGAGAAUCAGAAGGUGUCAUCUUCAUCCAAUUCUGAAUGCCUUAAAAAUAAGUCGAACUACAAAGAAAUCGCUUCCAAGAAGUUGGUACAAGUUAGAAACUACAGUGGAUAUGCCGAAUCUCUUGCCAUUGAGAAAAUAGUGCAAGCGUCUCCAACUCAAAGGAAAACGCAAAAGUUUGAUAGAAACUUAUCUACGGUACACGAAGAAGAAGACGACGUCAGCGAAAGUGGAGAAGAGAAUGUGUGA